CUGAGAGUGGAGGAAAAAAAGAGCUGUUCAAUUGCAACAUGGGGAGCUGGACGUGUUUGUCGUUGUUGUUUUUUCCUUUGGUGCUGGCGACCAAAACUGAUGAUGAGAUCGACCUUGUCACCUUUCUGAGAGGAAUGUCCCCUGGACUCACGGUGCGGGAUGGGCAAUUUGUCAUGAACUCAGAAUUUGAGAUAAACUCUUCUGAGGUUUUGGAGAGGCUGGAGGACAAACCAGUCAAGAAGGACAUCAGUGGGACUCCUGGGCCUGUGGUUGGGACCAAAAAUGGUCAAAUCAAGGGUAUUGCAGUGGAUAAGGCCUAUAUAUUCUACGGGAUCCCAUAUGCAGACCCCCCUGUGGGGGCUUACCGCUGGAAGCCCCCCAGACCUGUGAGUCCUUGGAAGGGGGUUUAUGAUGCCACCUUCCCCAGGGCGCCAUGCAUGCAGGGCUGCAGAGGACCAAUUGCUGAGGAAUGUCCUCAAAACGUCAGCGAGGACUGUCUCUACCUCAACAUCUUCGUCCCCCUGGAUGUGAACUUCAGCUCCCCUCUUCAUAGUCCGCUUCCUGUGAUGGUGUGGAUCCACGGAGGGGAUUUCAUUGCUGGUUCGGCCUCCAAGCCGCUGUAUGAUGGCCGCUUCAUGAGUAACUUCACAAGGACUAUUGUAGUAAGCCUGGAGUACAGACUGGGCGCUUUCGGGUUCCUUGUGUCCGGCAAAGAUCCUGCCACAUCCGCUGUUGGGAAUUAUGGGAUUCUGGACCAGCAGGCGGCCCUCCUUUGGGUCCAACGGAACAUCCCUAUGUUUGGAGGAGACUCCAGCAAGGUGACGAUAUUCGGAGAGAGCGCUGGCGCUCAGUCAGUGAGUCUUCACCUGAUAAUCCAAAGCAGCAAGCCUCUGUUCAAACAGGCUGUUCUGCAGAGUUUACCCUUCUCUAUUCCUCUAAAGACCAGAUACAAUGCCCUGGCGCUGGGAAAGGAUUUUGCAAAGAAGACCAACUGUUCCAUCAGCGACCUGGUCUGCUUGCUGUCCCUCACGCCGCAGGCCAUCUUGGAGGCGCAGAUAAAAACAAGUUCGAGGCUUGUGAACCCGUUCAGGUUCCUGGAGGUGUUUCAGACGUGGGGUCCGUUCAUUGAUGGCGACUUAAUCAAGGAACAGGCGGUCGCUGCCUUCCAGACGGGCGACUGGCAGAAAGAGAAACCAGUGCUGCUAGGUACAACCUCGGAAGAAGGCGUGAUCUUUAUGUACGGCAUCUUUAACAAGCCUGUGUCUGCAGUGAAGUCCAUCAUGUAUGUUACAGCCAUCUUCAAGCAACAUGCUCUGAGGAUCCUGCACAAGUACAUGCCUCUUUAUAGCGAUGCCGAUCGUAGAGAUAUGCUGGCUCAGAUCGUCACAGACUUCGUUUUCUUGUGUCCGUCACGGAGGUCGGCACGUGCUGGCACAGAAGCAGGCAGCAAAGUAUGGAUGUACAUCUUUGACCACGUGGUGUCGGACCCUGCCGUCUGGUCCGGUUUGACUUUCUGCUACCAUCACGCCUGCCACGGCGCAGAGUUGCCGUUCGUCUUCGACUCCGCACCGGUUGCCAACUUUACCAUGACGCUGCCCGAGAAGCUGCUGUCCAAUCGGGUGCUGUGCUACUGGGGCACCUUCGCCCACACAGGCGACCCGACCUCGCGGGCCCAUCAGACGACCUUCUGCAGGAAGCAGCGUCUGCCACUGUGGCCUCGCUACUCUGACACCAGUGGAUGGCUGGUCAUGAACCUGACGGUGCGUUCACAUGCACAAGUCGGGACCAGAAGCCAUGUGUGUGACUUCUGGGACCAUCUAGGUAUCUACUAGAGGUCGACUUUCUUUGAAGGCCUCGUUUUCACUGUGUAUGGCAUGAGCUCACGCUAACCAUGAUUAGCAUUCUUUGUUGGCCAUUUAACCUGUGUCUAGAUCACAGCAAUGGGAAUGUUCCAUUAAAAAACACCCAACCCAAACUGUACUGCUUAGUGGAAAUGGGCCUCCGAGAGAAGUACUCUGUAUUUGUAUUACCACGUCUUUACAACAGAG